CAUCCAAUCGUCUCCUGCGCUUCAGGACAGGUGGUUGAUUCUCGCGCUGCUCUCUCACACAAACACAUCUUUACACACUUUAAACACGGAUCAGUCUGAAGAAGCUCAUCGGACUGAAUCUCGGAUCCGUGGAGCCGCAGCUGAUUUGCUCCGCCCCCUCCGUCCCCUGCUAGCUCUGCUAAUCCUGCAGUGGGACUCCACGGCUCUUUAAUCCGGCUUCACAGGCCUUCUGCUGUGUAAUCCAGUGCACCUCUCCUCGGUUUCAGGCGCGAUGGCCGAGUGCUAGCCUCUGUCUCUGACCCAGCCACUUGCAUCUCCUCUGGAUGAGCAGGACGCUGGAGAACCCCAUCCCAGCUGAAGGUUGACAUGGGAGAUUGGUGGACUCCUACAAAGAUGCCGGAUCCAUCGCUCGACACCAAAGAGCUUUCCAGUAUUUCUGGGAUCAGCAUGUCUCCCUGCAGGCGAAACUCUCAUCAUUCACUUCAUUCCACCAUGGCUCUGCCCAAAACCUCCUACAGCGUGAUAAGUGCGUUCUGCACUGAGGAGAACAUACCGCAGUGCAUCGUGUAUAUCAAUCAGGAGGUGUGUUCGCUGGGCUUGACCGGAGUCAGUUUAGAGACUAAAGCAGGCGUCCUGAGCGCUGUGCCGGUGUUGAACCUGCUGUAUGAAGUACUUCAGCUGCAGAAGAGAGCUCAGCGAGCCCUACACGAUCUGGAGACGCAGCAGCUGAAGAGCAGCAGUGACCUCGAGCAUCUGCAGCACAGCAACUGUAGACUCAAAGAUCAGCUGGAGCACACCAGGAGAGAGAACUCAGGUCUGCACGAGGGAGAGCGACAGCUACAGCUGAAGAUCAAAACCUUACAGAACUGCCUCAAGUCUGAGAAAGAGGAAGUACAGAAACUGCAGAGCAUCAUCUCUAGUCGUGCCACGCAGUACAACCACGACACCAAGCGGAAAGAGAGAGAGUGCACCAAACUGAAGGAGCGUCUCAACCAGCUGCUGAUGGACAAGAGAGACAAGAAACUCUCCAUUGAAAUCUCAAACCAUGUGGGAAGGUCCGAUGGCAAGAGAGGCCUCUGGAAGACGGUUAAGAUGGAGGCCAGACAUGAGGGCGAGAUGUACAGGGCUCUGCUGGGUGAUUAUGAGACGCGGCAGAGAUCUCUGAUGAUGGAGAACUCAGAGCUUAAGAAAGUGUUGCAGCUCAUGAAGAAGGACAUGAUCACCAUUCUGAGCCCGAAGAAGCCCUGCGUCAAACCAGAGCCAGCAGAUGAUAGCCUCGAGCAGGCUGUGUCUGAGGACGAGGAGGAUCCAGGUGACUGCAGCAGAGAGAGUGUGGAGCAGUCGUGUGAACAGGCUCGCCAGCAGCUCACCGACAGCAUCCGCCUGCAGUGGAGGAAGCUCAAGAGCCACAUGGAGAGACUCGACAGCCAAGCGUCUCUGCUGGCGUCUCAGGAGCGCGAGGGAGACGAGAUGAUGUCCAGGAAGGAGCACGAGGACGAGAUGCAGCGCAUGAGACUGGAGUUACAGCAGUGUAAAGAGUUCAUCCACAUGCAGCAGCAGCUUCUGCAGCAGCAGCUGAGCUCACCGUGUGACGAGGAGACUGCGGCUCUGCUGAACGACUGCUACACGCUGGAGGAGAAAGAGCGGCUCAAAGAGGAGUGGAGGCUCUUUAAUGAGCAGAAGAGGAACUUCGAGCGAGAGAGGAAGAACUUCACUGAAGCUGCUAUUCGUCUGGGCCACGAGAGGAAAACAUUUGAGGAAGAUCGAGCUGCAUGGCUGAAGACCCAGUUUUUGAACAUGACUCCAUUUGUAGACCGUAAAAGACCUGCCUUGACUGAACCUCACAGUGCAUUAUCAGUCGAACCCGAAGCCAAACUGCAGUCCACUCCUCCGCUCGUGACCCAGUCCCUGUUCUCCACCCCUAAAGCUGCCCCGGUGAAGAUGCCCUCCACGGCGGACCUCUACCGCACGCUGCACCUCGUCCCAGACGCCAGAGGCCACGGGAGAUGUCCGAGCGGUGAGAUGUUGACAAAGUCACGGUUGCGUAAUUGUUCUACAGACUGCAGUGUCAUCUCGUUGGUCAGAGACGAGAACAGCCCCGUCUGAUGAUAUGUCAGUAUUACACUGGUCAAACACUACAGAAGAGACACUCCAUUGAGUCUUCCGUUCAUCCCCACCACAGCAUGACCAGAUGCUCCUUUACCUCCUCAUGGGAUUUGCUGUGUUAUCCCUUUAGGGAUUUAGGGUUGAAGAAAACAGAUGGUGUGUUUUGCUGGAUCAAAUUGAUCCUGGAGACAAUCAUUUGCCACAAUUAAAUCUCAUAAAUAUGUAAAGUGGCCAAUGUGCUGUGUGUAGGAGUACUUAAAGUAACUUAAAAAUAUACCGUAAAUCAGAUUGUGAUAAUUUUGUAAGCUGUAAAUGUUACACUAAUUCAUCAAGCACUUUUAAGAGGAGAGAUGUUUAAUGUAGCUUUUAAAUACUAAUAUAAUUUGAUAUUUUGAUUUGCCAUUAUUGUUGCAAAAACAAACUUAUUUUGGGUUGGGUUUCACAUUUAGUUUUGUUGUUUCGUUAUAACUGAGUGAUGCUAUGUAUUGUCACAUCUUUUUAAUGCAAGACAAGCAAUAGGCUUUUUCACACUUGAAUGCUGAAUAUUUAUAUCAAAAAAUCAAGAAUGUCUUCGAUAGAAUUAUUUUUAGAAUGUUAUCACAUUUAAAGAUCAUUUUCUUCAAAUCAGUGCAAUAAAGUUUGAAAGGUUUGA